UCCAUAUGGCUAUGUAUGAUGAAGAUAUCUUGAAAAAUCCCUUUUAUUUGGCCAUCCAGAAGCGGCGUCCUGACCUAUGCAGCAAAGUUGCAGAAUUCCAUGGUAUUGUGUUAGUUCCAUGCAAAGGAAGCUUUUCAAGCAGUAGUCUCUCUGCCUGCCAGUUUGAAUCUUAUGUUUUGAAGCCGUUGGAGGAAAACUUUCAGACUUUAAAUGGAAAGGAGAUCUUCAUAAAAGGAAACCUCAUUGUUUUAGGAACUGGUUUUAAUUUUCAUCUCUCAGUACCUGUUCUCUUUGAGGAAACAUUUUACAAUGAAAAAGAAGAAAGCUUUAGUAUAUUAUGCAUAGCUCAUCCACUGGAAAAAACAGAAAGCUCAAGUGAAUCUACAGCUUCAUCAAACUCCUAUUCUCUUAAAAAUAUUGAAGAUGUUAGAGGAUUCUUGGGAAGGCACUGUGAGAGGUUUGAUAAAUACAUAGGAUCUUUCCAUAGAACAUGUAAAGAACAUGAAAGGAAAAGCCUCCGCCACUACAUAGAUUCUGUCAAUGCACUUUAUGCCAAAUGUCUCCAGCAUAUUUUGAGAGAUUCACACUUGAAGAUGCUUGCAAAGCAAGAAGAGCAAAUGAAUCUGAUUAAACAAGCAGUUGAAAUGUAUAUCCACCAUGCUAUUUAUGAUCUAGUCUUUAAAUAUGUGGGGACUAUUGAGGCAAGUGAGGAUGCUGCUUUCAACAAAAUCACGAGGAGCCUUCAAGAUCUGCAGCAGAAAGACAUUGGAGUGAAACCUGAGUUCAGUUUUAAUAUACCGCGUGCGAAGCGAGAACUGGGCCAGCUGAACAAAUGUACUUCCCCUCAGCAGAAGCUGCUUUGUCUACGAAAAGUGGUACAAGUUAUUAUGCAAUCUCCUAGCCAAAGAGUUAACGUGGAAACCAUGUGUGCAGAUGAUCUUCUCUCUGCUUUGCUGUAUUUACUUGUAAAAACAGAAAUUCCAAACUGGAUGGCUAACUUGAGUUACAUAAAGAACUUCAGGCUUUGCAGUUCAGUGAAGGAUGAAUUGGGAUACUGUCUAACUUCGAUCGAGGCUGCGACAGAAUACAUACGACAAGGCAACCUCUCUGAGAGAUCAACAGAAUCUGAGAGAGUGUGUGACAAGCUGCUUUUAAGACAAAGGAUGAACUUGUUGUCCCAGAUGUCUGCUACCCCAAUAGAUUGCUUAUUUAAGCAUAUUGCUUCAGGUAAUCAGGAGGAAGCAGAGCGAUUACUAAGUCAAGGUGACAAUGAUAAGGAUGCUGUACAGAACAUGUGUCAUCCACUCUGUUACUGUGACAAAUGUGAGAAGCUAGUUUCUGGGAAGCUGAACGAUCCCUCCAUGGUCACUCCGUUGUCCCGCGACGACCAGGGAUACACACCGCUUCACGUCGCUGCUCUUUGUGGACAAACGUCAUUAGUGGAUUUACUGGUAGCCAAAGGAGCCAUUGUCAAUGCUACAGAUUACCACGGUUCAACUCCACUUCACCUUGCCUGCCAGAAGGGAUAUCAAAAUGUUACACUUCUCUUACUGCACUAUAAGGCAAGUAGUGAUGUUCAGGACAAUAAUGGAAAUACUCCGCUUCAUUUAGCCUGCAGUUACGGUCAUGAGGAUUGUGUCAAAGCUUUAGUCUACUAUGAUGUGCAUUCCUGCAGACUAGAUAUUGGCAAUGAAAAGGGAGAUACUCCUCUCCAUAUAGCUGCUCGUUGGGGCUAUCAAGGAAUCAUAGAAGUGCUUUUGCAAAAUGGGGCAAAUCCAGAAAUUCAAAACAGGAUGAGAGAGACUUCCCUACAGUGUGCAUUAAAUUCCAAGAUUCUGUCACUGAUGGAAUUAAACUAUCUAGCAUUUGAAAGAGGACAGAGUGCUUCUGAGUCACCACUUAGGUCUCCUCAGUACUCUACAGAUACUUUCAGCAGAGGAUCUUCUGUCUCAAGCCUGUCAUCAACAUCAACUGAUACAAGGCAAGAAGAAGUGAAAAACAGCUACAAAGAGGUGGAAAAACUCCUAAGAGCAGUUGCUGAUGGAGAUCUGGAAAUGGUACGUUAUCUCUUAGAGUGGAUGGAGGAAGACUUAGAAGAUGAGGAUGACACAGGCUGCACAUCAAAACCAGAAUUCUGUCAUCCAUUAUGCCAGUGCCUAAAAUGUGGGCCAGCACAAAAGAAAUUUGCAAGGAUCUCUGCCAAUGGACUUGGAGUAAAUGUUUCAAACCAAGAUGGUUUUACACCACUGCAUAUGGCUGCACUGCAUGGACAUUCUGAACUUGUCUCUCUCUUGUUGAAACAUGGGGCCAGUAUCAGUGCCAAGAACGUAAAACAUGCAGUUCCUCUUCAUCUAGCCUGCCAGAAAGGUCACUUCCAGGUGGUGAAGUGUCUGAUGGACUACAAUGCCAAACAAAAUAAAAAGGAUAUAUAUGGAAAUACUCCUUUAAUUUAUGCAUGCUCGAACGGUCAGUAUGAGACUACUGCCUUGCUGUUACAGCAUGGAGCUGCUGUUAACCUUUCCAAUGCCAAAGGAAACACAGCGCUGCAUGAGGCUGUGAUUGGCAAGAACGAGGCUCUGGUGGACCUGCUGCUGCAGAAUGGUGCAGUGACGCACAUCAGGAAUGAGAGGAACUGCACCCCCGCAGACUGCGCUGAGCCGAAUUCAAAUAUCAUUAAGUUGCUGGAAACAGUACCAAGCUGUGUACCUACAUUAGCAGAAAGAGAAAAGGAGUGUGAGCAGCAUGCUACUACCAAGAUAAGAAAAAAAGUGAAUUCUAAACCAUGUGAGGAAGCUGAUGAUCCCAUAAGCAGACAACUUCAACUGCUCCAGUCAAUUAACAGAUUUAACAAAGCAAAACAUUUACGGAGAACCGUAACAGGAGAUAAAAGCUUUCCUAGUUUUGACUAUCGGUUAUUGCAUCAGUUAGCUAUUAAAAGCUUUGAUAAAACACAUUUAAAAUCUGUUGAAAGACUGGACCAGAGCAGCAUUAAGAUUAUGGACACAAGAUGCAGCAGUGAGUGCGUGGAAUGUGAUGAUGUGACGGAAGUUCCUCACAAAAGUAAAUUACUGCACCGAAGACACACUGUUAAUGUGCCACUCUCAGCAGAAAAUGGCAAUGAUAAUAGUCCAAGUAUUUCAUAGUCCAGAGCCUGCUGUGAUGACUUGUGUUCAAAACAUUGACAAGGAAACCUGAAUCUGGUGUCAAAUCUGAGAAAACUAGGUGGUGUUUAUUUCAAUAACCCUUCACUGUGUAUCAAAGGAGGACGCCUGCCUUCGGAACAGACAUGAGGACAGCUCCUCAG